AUUCCGCGGCACUUGUGACCCAUGACGCUCCUUCCAAUGGAAAAUGGGGAAGGCAUUCUCUGCGCAUUAAAGUGUAUGGUCUUCAUUUGUUAAACCCAAAAAUCAUAGGUUUUGAACAGGAAAAACCUCUGUCUAUACCAUCAAUUCUCGAAGAUUACAUCAAACAGAUAUCCAGAAAUGGACAAACAAGGCUUCCUUGGAUAUAUGUAAAACCAUUGCUACUACAUAAGUACAACAAAGUGGUCGACUCAUUCAUAUCGGAAGGGAGUGGUUUAGAUUACUCAAUGUUAGCUACCCCACCUCACUUAAGUGAACUUAGGCAGCGAGUGUUCAAUACUCUCAAAAGACUUGAUGGGUAAGUUAUUAUUAUAGAAGGAUUUUCUUGUCAGAAUACCUUUUACUAUUCAGAGAAUUUGCGAACUAUUUGAUAGUCCUACUCGUCACUACCAAAGAGUGGAUAAGUUCCUGAGAGGACUAGAGAAGGUAAUACAUGUACAUUGAAUUCAUUAGUUGCAGGUUUGUAUGGUGGUAUCCACAGUAGACCCUUAUGGAAAGUAAGUUCACGUGUGACUUUUACAUUAUAUCAAUAUUUCUGACAAUACAUUGCGUUCGGAGUUGUCCAAGUCAUCAUAUCAGAGGCUUGCGUGCUAGGCUGUGCUCUGUUGAAUGCUUUUCCAGUUUAUGUUGUCAUACCUCUAUUAAUGAACAGGAUAAAGUCAGUUAUACUGUUGGAGUUGAGCAACAAUUUUAGCGGCCCUGAGAUUGGCCAAUGACAAAACUAAGGAUUUAUUGCUAAAAAAAGUAGUGAAGACCAAAUAUGUAUAAUCUUUUUAAAUAGUUUCUUAGUUCAUCAGGGUCCGUAAUCGAUCUUUUUAAAUGACGAAACAGACUUCCACUAGAGAUACUCGUUUGAGAGAUCAGUUUAUGCCUAGCUAGUCGAACGAGUUAAAUAGUUUUGUAAAUAUAUGGUAAAUUUUACGAUAAUUGUAUGCGAAAGUUCUGAAAGACACUAAAUGAGAUCCUUGAUAUUUAAAGGCGAUUUAUACGACAUAAGUGUUUAUUUUUCACUGCACCAACGAAUACAUGGUCCAGUUGAGUUUAUUUUGUUUGGAUUUACCCCUUAAUCCCAUUUGCUAUUGGUUGUGAUAUAAAAACUAUUCAUUUUGCUUUGAGGUGCAAUAAAGCUCCGUGGUUAUGCAACUUAUGUUAACAACAUUUCUCUUUCACCGCCUCAACCAUUAUAUGUUUGACAUCAAAGUGGUGCGGAUGUUUCACGUGUCGUGUAUUUGCCUGACGAGAUAUUUGUCACCAGUACGCUCAUUUAUCCUCGUCCGGCUUUCUACAUUAAAGUAGGGUUUUCAGGGUAAUAAGUUAGAGCAUAGAUUGUGCGAACAUUGUCUUAGAGAUAACUUGAAUGCUGUUUCGUAUCAACAUUGGUCGAUACUUAUUUGCGUUUGUUGCAAAAUUUGAAACUAUUUGAUCCAAGAUUUCUGCUGUAUAUCAGUCAAGUCAGUGAGUUAAUCAUAAACACCAUGAAACCUAGCACAAAUACGCAUUAAUCCGUGUUGCCACAUCGUAGUGCACUAAAAUUAAAUUAUCAAUAAUAUAAAUAGGUUGGGCUGUCUGUAAUAACUGGUUGAUGUUAAUUUAUGGUUUUAUUACGGUGAGAGGGAAAUCAGUAGUCCAUAACAAAUAUCAUCAUGUACUCGAAAGCUUCCUUCAUCCUCCAGAUUAUGUGCUGAAAGCUUAUUAAAACAAAUUUAAGUAAUGCUACUUCUAGCUCUGCUGUUAACCUCAUGUUUUAGUUAAUGUUCAUUGUUUUCAGCAAAAUUCACCAAGAAGAUCCCAGGUUCCCAAGUCGUGCUGGUUUGGAUGACUGUGGGUUAUUAAUAGAGGGUUCUCUUACUUCACCACCCACCUCUCCACCUCCUGAGAAUCCUCAAGUACACCAUAUUUCCAAGUCCUCAGAUGAAGAGGUUACUGAAGAAGAUGACGAAGGUGAGGAUAAUAGUAGUGAUGGGAGUGAUGAACGACAAUCACCAAAAGCUGAUCAUAGUAUGAAUCCAAAUCCAUUAAUGAACAACUCUUGUGCAAGUUCGUGGCUUUUCAAAGCACAAAAUUCAUUGAAUCUUCCACACACUCCUCCAAUGCCGUUUCGUAGUUCUGUUUCCAAAACCAGGUUGGCAGACCAAUCUUUAACAAGUGCUCCUUUACUCAGUGGUUUGUGUGGUAGUCUUCUCUCUGCAUACUCGAAUAAUGACGAAGAUUACGACCAACUUAAUCGAUCGUCAGAAAACAAACAUACUGAUUCUAAUACCCAAGUUAAUUCCGAUCACUUAUCGUCUGUUGGAUCUAGCUUCUGCUCUGAGUCGUCUGAGUGUUUACAUGCUCUACCUGUAGAAUCUAACCUACAAGAAAAACCAUCAGAUGCUUCACAUAAACUCUCUUCAGUUGUACAAGAUGAAAUACAAGAUAAUUCUCUUCCAUGGAAUGAGGCGACUAAAAUGCCAAUCGUCAACUCGGAAACAUUGGAAGACACGAUAGCUCAGUGUGAUAAACCAGAUGAAGUAUCUAGCAGUGGUAUUAAACCUUCAGUUUCCAAUGUAAACCGAAAUGAUUCGCCUUCCAGAAGAUUAGAGCUCGACACAACCGGAGAUGAAAGUGGUUUGGCUGGUUGUCAAGUUCUGAGACCUAUUGGUCAACUUGAAGCAUUUGUACAAAAUUUAAAUUCUGAAGUUUCUAGCUCAGUAACGUCUGUACCAAUGCACAGUGGGUCUCCAAAAUCCACAAGCGACCCAUCUGCUCAUUUGAGUUGUGUAUCAUCUAUGGAGGACCUAAAUCAUCAGGGAUCAAUUACUUCAUCUAACUCACUCUUACCUGUUUUGGUUGGGGUUAGACGUCCCCGUUCACCAGGAAUGGAUUCUAGUGGUAGUGAUCCUAAUGUUUCAACAAGCAAAGAUGCAGAUUUGUCGGAAAGUCCCGCCAAAAGACGUAGACUUCCGUCUUCAGAUUUAACUGAAACGGUAGAAUCUAGUACAGAUUCAUUAGUUGGCAUUAGUUUCCAGAUUGUGACUUCAUCAUCUUUGGCACUGAAUGAUUCUCCUCCCAUUAUUAUGUGUAAUCCUACGAAUCAAACUCGUGAUAUGGAUUCUGGUGAAUGCAUUUUCGAAGCUUCAGAAAAUCCUAGUUCUGGUCAGUCUGUAGUCGAUCCAAUCUCAGCUAGUGAUAACAUGUCUAACUUACAUGAAGCAGUGAACAUUAGUUUCGCACAAAAUUCUGAGUCAAGUUCAGAGUCUGUAGAAGGAAGUGAGACAGUUUUGAUAAACAAUGAUAAUAUUGGACUAUCAACUGUAAACUUGUCGAAUAUUAAUUCGGAAACCGGAGAGGAAGAGUCAUAACAUCAUAAUCAUAACUACCAAUGUUUUCUAGAAAAAUAUUGUGGUUUCAAGGAAUUUCAUAAAAAUACUUUUUAAGUGUAUAUCAUAUUACUUUUAUUAUCAUUGUAAAAUUUUUGAACCUGCUUGCUUUUUUCAGAUUUUCUGAUUGUAAUCGUUAUUUUUAAUAUUAUUUCGUUAGUCAAGCUUGAUGCAGUGUACUAUUCGUAACUAUAUGUCAGUCUUUAAAAUUGAUAGAGGGCAAUCUCAUUUAUCGGUUAUUUUGGUGUUUUAAGUGGCUUAUUUUGUUUCUCAUUGUAAAUCUCACUCUUAAACAACUUGCAUCGUUUAGUUUCGAGACGAAAGAUGUUAUCAUUUGUCAAUUCGAAUCUUAUUUUACUUUUUGCCGACAGUCAAUUUAAUAACAUUGUAUCACACAAAUUAAAGAGUUCCUAUCAGAACUGUAAGGAUUUACAAGUUUUAUAAUAAAAAAUGCUAGGUUAUUGUC